ACACAGUCGGACAGUCCACUUCUCUCUCUCUCUCAGCGAUGCCAUGUGACUGAUGAGAGAGAGACGGCGUGAAAAAGAGACCCAAAACAAAGAAAGCACCAACAGCAAUACGCGGGGGGAGAGAGAGAGAGAGAGAGAGGCAUAUGAUGUCCAUGUAGAGAGACUGUGUGUUGAAGGGAAGGCCGUCAAAAUGCAAGAUCCCUCGAAUUCAAACCCUAAUUCCGCCUCCCAAAGUAUUCCUAAGCUUCCCACGGCGUCCUUUGGGAACCCCUCCGGCGUCUUCAGGGCCGCUCACCACCGGCGAGCCCACUCCGAGGUGAACUUCCGCCUGCCUGACGACCUGGAUCUCGUCUCCGAUCCCUUCGAUGGCCCGCCGGGGAGCUUCGACGAGAUCGGAUCGGAGGAUGAUCUGUUCUGCACUUAUAUGGACGUUGAGAAGCUCGGAUCCAGCUCCGCAGACGGCGGCGACUGUCGGAUCGACAAUGCCGGUGGUAGCGGAAUCGAAGGGGGAGUGGCUGCGGAUGGUGGUGAGGGGGAGAAGACUUUGAGGCCUCGGCAUCGGCAUAGUAAUUCAGUGGAUGGCUCGGUUCUUCUUGGCGAGACUAUUGAGGCCAAGAAGGCCAUGGCUCCGGAUAAGCUUGCUGAGUUGUGGACCAUUGAUCCCAAGCGAGCCAAGAGGAUUCUGGCAAAUCGGCAGUCUGCUGCUCGUUCAAAGGAGAGAAAAGCUCGUUAUAUAUCUGAACUUGAAAGAAAAGUUCUGACCCUUCAAACAGAAGCAACCACCCUUUCUGCACAACUCACAUUGUUCCAGAGAGAUACAACAGGUCUGAGCAAUGAAAAUACAGAGCUUAAGCUUCGGUUACAAGCUAUGGAGCAACAGGCUCAGUUACGCGAUGCGCUGAAUGAAGCACUAAAGCAAGAAGUGGAAAGGCUCAAGAUUGCAACUGGAGAAAUAACAUCCUCAUCAGAUACUUACAGUUUCGGAAUGCAGCAUAUUCCAUAUGCUCAUUCUUCCUUCUAUUCACAGAAGCCGCACCAAGAACCAAGCGACCCCCAGAACGCAAUGCCGCAGUUCCAUCCCCUCCAGUCGAGCAUGAUGAACCACCAGCACCCUCUGCUCGUGUCAUCCCAGACGCAGGCCCUCUCCGAGAUGUUGCAGCAGGACUCGCUUGGUCGAUUGCAGGGCCUCAACAUCAAUGCCAGAGGCUCUCAUCUUGUGAAAUCUGAGGGCCCUUCUAUUUCCGCCAGUGAAAGCAGUGCGACAUUUUGAUCCAGACGUGACACCAACCCGCUCUGUUAAAUUGUUCAUAGGCUGACACCUUUAGCACCACUUGUUCAGAUUUAUUCAUUUGUUAAUUUAAUUGGGAACCUUAGGUCUUUUGAGCUGCUGCUUUGACUUGGUUCUUGGGUGAUAUUCCUGAUUUCUUCACUUUUUCGUUGCGAAAGAAACCAUUUUCUUUGGUGCUGUGUGUGGGAAUACAAGGUUGGACGGAAAGUUGCAUCUUUCAUGCAAUGAGUUCCUGGUUUCUUUUUUUAGGUUUUUUCAUCCGAGAUAUCUCAAUUCAUGGGAACUGUUCUGUUAAUUUUGUAUCUCAAUUUGACCAACUCGUACUACUGAUGUGUUGUAUCAA